CCUGAAAUUUAUAGUCAAAAUUUGAUAAUCAAGCUUGAAAUUCAGAACUGAAAAUGAAUUUAGCAACGGAUCUAUAUCCGAAAUACGAUAUCAUUGUGGUUGGAGGAGGUAUUGCAGGACUGGUGGCCGCCUAUGAAGUUUAUAAACGAGACCCAUCUUUAAGAGUCAAAAUUCUAGAGGGUAAAAAUCGCAUAGGUGGACAGAUUCUCUCUGAUGUUAUUGGAGAAUUGGGCGCUCGAUGGAUAAGCACUGAUCAACGACACAUUCUAGCAUUGUGCAAUGAAUUGAAUGUUCAACUAUUUACCAGCGCGCCUGAAAAGGACUAUAGAAAUAUCUCGGAUCUGGAUAAUGAUUCAUUGUGGUCGACAUUGCCGAAAUUCGAAGUGAAUCGAUUUUUUUCAAUGUUGGAUGUAAUUUGUCAGGAUAGCAGACUUUCAUCGAGUCACACAAUUCCAAUGGAGGACUUUCUAUGUCAGCAUUUGUUUUUCACGUCUAGCAGAAAUAACGUUCGACUUCUUGUACGCUCCGUUUGUGGACUCGAAUCCCAUGAAAUCACAGCGAGAGAUUUUUUAUCAGUCUGUAGGUCGUGGAUGGGUUGUUCGGUCCUUUUUAAGAGCCUCAUUGGCGACAUGAACAAUAAGCGCAUAUUGAUGCCAAAUUUUUCCAUUAUCAUCGAGCGAUUAGAAUCACAAAUCGAUCCAGAGACCAUAAUGAAAAAUCAAAUUGUAAAAAAUGUUAUCCAAUACAACGGCUUCGCCAGGGUGCAAACGGAAUGCAAUCAAACAUUUUUGACUCGUUUUGUGGUGUUCGCCAUACCGGAACAAUCCAUUCCUCUUAUCACCUUUAUUCCAACGUUACCAGACCAUUUCGCAGAGUAUCGAUCGCCACACUAUGUCACAAGUUUUUGUGCCAACUAUUCGGCACCCUUCUGGAAAUUACUUGGAUAUUCUGGGUCGUCAUUGUGUUCGAAUCAGUACAUAGUUACCUACGAGUCUAAAGAGAAUACCAUAUCCGGAUUGAUGUAUCACAAGGAGAUAUCGUCCAACUCAAAACUGGUCGUCAAGGACAUUCUAUUGAAAUAUUUAUGUCAACGCUUUGGCGAAGUAAUGAAUGAACCAAGACUGUGGGUGCAGACGACAUGGGAACAAUCGCAAAUUGUAAACGAACCCACUAGUUCCACAUGGAAUCGCAUAAUCUGGACCUCCACAUACGAUGAAGGAGCUUAUAAGGGAUACGCUAACGGUUCAGUUCAAAGUGGAAAAAAGGCCGCCUUGAUAGCGCUACUCGGACUUCGUCCACAGAUGGUCAGCUGGGAAGACAUUGCCGAUGUCAAGCCAGCGAAUGUUGUGAAAACAAGGAUUGGUUUGUGGCAACAGAUUGCGGCAUCGAUCAAUUUAUACAAUUCCGUUUACUAUGCGAUCGUUACGCCGAUUUGUUAUUUGGGUUUUGGUUAUUUGUGGAAAAAAUGUUUGGUAAAAUUACACGAUGUCCGAUAAUAAUUACCACAAUUUUGAA